GGGGGCGGGGCGAGGCGUCGCAGUGAGGACGUGGAAGCGCGUGAGGCCUCGGCGUUGCGUGGGCGGCCCUCCCUAGAUGAGGGGAGGGGCCGGUGCGGGAACUCGACAGGAAGGGGCGUGGCCGGCCGUUGCCUAGGGAGGGCGCGUCGUCUCGCUGCUCGCCGGCUGCGACGGUAAAGGGCUUCGGCUGCAUUUUUGUCACGAUCGGGAGAGACCACACCUUCCGGAGAACCAGGCCAGAAACCGAAGUAUUAUUUGGUAGCUCUCAGAAGCCAGGACUCUGGAAGACUUGUUUGCUGCCUGUGGAUCUUCUAUUCUCACAGUGUACCAGUUGCUUCUGAUCUAGCACUGUUAGAUACUUCCCGCCACCCAUCCUAGUAGUAUAGUAGCUCUUGGAAAGGAGUCAGAGCCACUGUCAGCCAGUAGUCCCUCACCCAACUCCUGUGGUUGCCCUUUUCAUCAUGCCGAAGAAUAAAGGCAAAGGAGGCAAAAACAGGCGCAGAGGCAAAAAUGAAAACGAAUCUGAGAAAAGAGAGUUGGUGUUUAAAGAGGAUGGGCAAGAGUAUGCCCAGGUGGUCAAGAUGCUGGGAAACGGACGCUUGGAAGCAAUGUGUUUUGAUGGUGUAAGGAGGCUGUGCCACAUAAGAGGAAAGUUGAGAAAAAAGGUUUGGAUAAAUACCUCAGACAUUAUAUUGAUUGGUCUACGAGACUAUCAAGAUAACAAAGCUGACGUAAUCUUAAAGUAUAAUGCAGAUGAAGCAAGAAGUCUGAAGGCCUAUGGAGAACUUCCAGAACACGCCAAAAUCAACGAAACGGACACAUUUGGUCCUGGGGAUGAUGAUGAAAUCCAGUUUGAUGAUAUUGGAGAUGAUGAUGAAGACAUUGAUGAUAUCUAACCUGACCUAAGCAUGUUACAUUCCAAUUUCUCUGAAGAUAGCUCUACACAAUUGGCAUCUUGACCUUCAGCUGUUAAGUAAAACUUCAUUUGGCAUGUGUAUAACUUGUUAAUGCAAAUUGAUGAGUUUUAUUUUUUGAAGUGUUAUAUAUUUCUUUGAAAACCAAAGAUGUUGAGUUCUCUUAAGUGACAUGUUAACACUUUGUGCUUAUGGAUAGAAUUGAGCUUAGGGCACUGUUGUGUGCACUGUUAAGAGACUGCCUUUCCAUUUGUGACGCUUCAUUUCUGGCACAUGAGUGCUUUGUGUCAGCAGUUCUGCAGGUUGGCCAUCGUGGGCUGACGUAAGUUCUAGUCCAACACAGCUCUUUCAGGCCUUUAUAUUCUAGUCAUCUGGCUGCGUUUGAGACUUCUCAUCAGACUAAUAGAUAUGUAAUUGGAGUCAGACAGAAUAUGGCUAUUUUUGUAUUUAUGGAGCCAUGCCAUUUUAUACUUUCAUGUUCUGUACAUUCGUUUUAUCCUUUAAGUUGUUGCCACCCAUAAAGAGACGUCUUUCAGUGCAGUUUUUAAAUUACAUGAGUAGCAGUUCUGAGUUUUAAAAACUAGUCAUUGCAGAAAUUAAAUACCCGAAGAGGUAAUCCAUUAUCUUGACUUUAGAAAUAUAAUAGUUGACAAUGUUUAUAUAUAAUUUUACUUUUCUAAGGCAUACCCAAAAGUAGAAAAUUAAAAAGAGAAGUAAAUCUGUUCUGAUACUUGCAUAGAGAAACUUUGAAAGAAGGUAGUUGUUAAUAGCACAAAAUAUUUUUUACUUUGCAAUGUAGGUUGUGUUAAGCUGUUUUCAGAAAGUUAGCUACUGUAUUGAGGCUUUGGAUAAUUAUUAUGUAUUGAUUAAAAGUUAGUUACAUAAUUGUACAAGCGAAGUUUUCCUUAAACUAGGCUUAGGUUAAAGGAAAAGGAGCCACAGCUUAAUGAAAACAUGGUUCCUGUUUUCUAAAUGGAGAAGUCCAGAAACACAAUAAAAACAUGUUGGUACAAAAACAGUUUUUCUUUUUAAUAUGUUCAUUAUCUCUCUGGUAUAUAACAAAAACAAAUGACUGGGUGAUUUCUAGUAUAUCAUGAGAGGCCUCUUUUUUAAAUUAGACUCAGGGAUUUAAGAUGAACUUAACUAUUUUCCCAUUUAAGUAAUGCUGGUCUCAGGGGUCUGCAGUUUAACCCUUGCUGCUUAGGGAGUAAGUAUGAACCUUGUCUAUUGGUCCUCAGAGGCCUUUUUUUAAAGAAUAGUUACUUUCUCGGGCUCUGUUCUUGAUACCUACAACAAAUGGUGCCUGACCAUGAAAACAACAGUAUUCACCUUCACUUUUAUUUUUUGAUUGUUUUCUAAUUAGCCCAUAAUAAUGAAGCUUAAGAAAAUCUACCAGUCAGGAAGAAAAGCAAAUACAAUUUUCCUGAUCAUUGAUUGGUGGAUCUCUUCUAGAUGGAGAUAUAUAGAUCUUUGUAAAGGUUAAUUUUGUAAAAAGAAACUAGACAUGUAGUAGACAUGGUGCCAGAUUAGAGGCAGAUCCCAUGUCCCCAGAAGGGCAGUGUGUCUUUCACUGGAGCUUUUUAUCUCUACAGCUGUUGACUAAGAUUUAUCCUAUUGCUGCUGUAAAUUUUUAGGACAGAAAGAAAACUUGACCAUGGGCCAGCUAGCUUGAUGGCAUUUUAGCAGCAAACAUGAGACCAAGUUAGGAGGUGAGGAUCAGUGCCUGAAGAUGUCCUCUCAGUCCACAACAUGCACACGUGCUCAUACACACAUCAGCACACACACAAAGAUGCACUUGAUGCUAUAGUAUCAUGUCUUGGCCAUUGUAAACCCAUCAGAGGCAAACACUGAGGUGUUCACAUUUCCUGUUUCCUGCUUACUGGUAUCUCCAUUUUCUCUCACAUUCUAGAUGAAGGAAUGAUUCUUUUAUAACAUGAGUGAUUUAUGCUGUUUAUUAUAAGUAAAUGUUGACAUAAGUGUUAGAAUUAAAAUGACUUA